CGACCUAAACAGAGUGGCUUCACGCCGUCCAGAAAGCAUGAGCAAAAAGGCUCCCAAGUACUUCCCUUCACUUUACGACACCAACAGCAAUUCCUCGUCUCUCAGCAGCUUCAACAUCUGGAAGAACUUGUUCCCGGCCCAGGAGGUCAGGGAGAACAAGACGACCAAGGCUUCCCUGUGGCCACAGGGACUGGCGGAAAACCCCUAUGAGCCCCUGAAGUUCUUCUCACCCCCAGCAGGAGGGGAUUCGGCCUGGAGCGAGCUGGAUGAGAUCUGUGAGCUAGACAUCAGGCUGAAGGAGAUGGAGCUCCUCACGCUGACAGGAGAUGGCUUCGAUCUGCGACGAUAUAAGUUCUUAAAGAUGCUGAAAGAUGAGAAGAUGCAAGAUAUCAAGACGGCCAAGGAAAAGAAUCUGCAGAUCUUAAAGGACAAGGCAAAAAAAUGGUAGUCCUUCCAUUGUGGAGAUCUCAGGUUAAUAUUCAAAACGUUGUUGGACUGAAUUACUGCUAGGAUUUUUCUCUGAUUUGUAACUAUAAGCAUCAUUGAACCAUCAAAUCCACCGAAUAAGACAUUUCCAUGUAGUUACUCAACUUGAACUGUAUUGAGUUACACGUUAUUUUUACUGCUCCCAUUCUGAUACACCUUUGUUAAAGUACACAGGGUGUAUGACCCACUGCCUCUCAGAGGGAGUUUUACAACAAAGGGGAUUACCACAGACAAUGUGUGUACAGACCAAACCAUUAGCUAGCUUGAUCUGCCAGUAUCCGGUUCCUUGACUGGCCAGGGUUGUCGACUCUUGUGAAGGUUUAGUUCAUGACAUCUUACCUUAUCUCAAUCUGUUCCUAUCCCAAGUUCCAAGCUCUGUUUUAAUAAAUAUUUAGAGAAAUUCUGUCAAAGAAGACAAUUUUUUUUUAAAUUCCCCUUUUUUUUUCUCUUAGCUGUGCUGGUGUCUUAAGGGUUAGUCUUCAAUUCCAAGGAAUUCCAGGAUAACAGCGGAAAGUUAGCAACCCUAAGACAGGGUCUCUGGUUGAAAGGUGCAGUGAGGCACUUUGUUGGGAUCUAUGUGGCAGGUGAUGGGAGGGGAGGUUGCAGCGGGGAUAGUUAACUUGAAAAAUAACCUGAUCUACCACCUAAUGAAACCCAGUGUGGACCAAUCCAUGGAAACUCUUCUAAAUGCAGCCCCCUCUCCCCAUUUCCUCUUCCCCUGCCCAAGACUAUUGAUGGACAUGGGAGUGAACAAGGAAACAAAUGAUACAAUGUUUAAGCAUUCAUUCUUUCAAUGAGACGACCUUCGUUCUGACUGCAUAACAAAAGAUUCAUUCGGUCCCUCAUAUUUUCACUGUAUCCGAUUGAGAUGAAGGCCUCCGCUGCAGCUGUAUUUCUUUCAGAGGAGGACUCGCUCCCCAAAGAGCGUUGCCAGUCACAAGUUCUGAGUACUCGUGACUACUUACCAGUGACUGAACCAAUUGUAGUGGUUUCAACUGAUGGUUUGGUAUGAUGCUCACCUUGAGUCUGUGUUGAAAGGUCAUUUUUUUUCCGAUAUGCUUUCCCCACAAUCCCAACAUUCACGUGCUUUGUUUAAGCAUUUCAAACAUCCUUGCAGUCUUAAAUCUUUUCCACCACCAGACAUGGUACAGUUGGGGAUUGAAGGUUUAGUAACAUCGCUGCUGGGUCACAAAAUGCACUGGGCCAUUUUAGUUGGCAGAGCAAGCCCAAGCGCAUGGACCUCUAUAAUACAAUGCCUGAAAGGUGGGGUCU